UGCUGUUUUUUUUUUCCUAAUUCAAAUUUUGGCUUUGGAGGACGUGAAGAAGAAGAAGAAGAAAAAAAAUAUGUGUGGCAUGGACAGUUACAAGUUGGAGAGGAGGAGCGCCAAGUUCAGCCAAACCAGGAUGGUGUUGUCAUGCCGAGUCAUUGCCCUCGUCAUGAUGGUUCUGUGCAUCACUAUUGAUGCUGAACCUUGCGACAUCGAAACGGGCCAGUCCAACGUCAUCCUGGACAUUGAGGAGAGCCGAGGGCAACAAACGAAUCAGAGCACUCGGCCAAGACUGCUGCCCAUUGUUGGCAACGAGCCUGCUGGUGAAAUCAGUUUGGCCAUAGCCAGUUCCAGCAAACCGAACGUGUUCUCUCUGACGGGCAAAGAAUUGAAAUUGACGUCUCCUUUGGAUCGCGAUCAUCAAGACAUUUCGUCCGUCAUCCUCCAAGUCUCCUGCACCAACAGGAUCACUGGCCGUCGACGCAGCAUUCCCGUUAUUGUUAGGAUCUCGGAUAUCAAUGACAAAGCGCCCGUUUUCCUCAACAGCACUUACAGCGUCACCAUCCCUGAGGAUUUGCCGGUUGGUGGGACUGUCAUUCGCGAUAUUGAGGCCAAAGAUGCGGAUGCCGGAAUCAACGCUCUGGUGGAGUACAAAGUGGUGCCGAACGCCCAGCGGAUGCGUAGCGGAAGCACCAAUUCUUCAUCAGCCCCGUCUCUCUUUGAUAGUCCUUUGGACGCUUCCGAUGGCUUCGGCACGUUUGAAUUUGCCGCCGCCCACGUUCCCGUUCUCACCUUGAAACAGCCCGUUGAUUACGAAACGACUCGCCGCUAUUUGGUUACUAUCGUCGCAUCGGACCGAGCGGUCAAUGCCAAAGAGCGCUUGUCAUCGACCACCACUUUAACGGUCAACGUCGGCGAUGUUGAAGAUCAACCGCCCGCUUUCCAGUAUGUUGGCUGCCCGUUGAACAAUCGCGGCGUCUGCGUCACUCCGACAUACACGACGACAGUCAUCAGUGGCGUGACGUCCGGUUUGUUGACGUUGAAGCCGGACAGAAUUUUGGCCGUCGAUACGGAUCCAUCGAGUCGGGCUGCCAUUCGCUACAGUUUCGCAGAAGGAAAUCCUGCCAAUUUCCACGAGUACUUUGAAAUCAAUCCCAACUCUGGCUGGGUAAAGCAGAUAAAAGCAGCCAAUCGUUCCCUUGUCAACAAAUUCGAUUUGAUCGUCAAGGCUGAAGAAGUGACGUCAAAGAAAAGAUUCUCCGAUGCCACGUUAAGCAUUGACGUGGGAAAUGAUAAUAAUUUUGCGCCUCGGCUGGUGGCAGAAGCGCUCGAGGGUUUUGUCGAUGAGAAUUCGCCUGUUGGAACACCUGUGAUUUCGGCGAGAAGAAAAGGGCAACCACUGCAGCUCAAGGUCGUCGAAGAAGACACGCAAUUUGAGAAUUCGUUUUCCCACUACGAGAUUGAGCUGACUUCGCCUGCUUUCCGAGUCAAUAAGGCCGGCAUUAUGGAAGUAGCUAUGCCCAAUUUGGACCGCGACGCACCCAAUCCAUCGAUACUGACUUUCCAGGCUAUCGCUCGAAGAGCUGGAGGAGCUACUACGUCACCGAUUGCAAUUUCGAUUCGUCUUAUGGAUGUGAACGAUAAUGCUCCACGGUUUCCUUCGUUUAAACCGGUGUUUCUUCAGGCGAGCGAUUCAAAAAAAGUAGUAGCUCAGGUGCAAGCCGAAGACAAGGAUUGGGGUGAUAAUGCACGAAUUGAAUAUUCUGUUUUGGAUGUCACAAAUAAUGGCAGAAACAAGUUUGUUAUCAAUCCACAAACAGGAGUGAUCGAUUCAGUUGGAGCUUUGAAACCUGGAGAAAAGUAUACACUUACACUUCAGGCAACAGAUGGGGGAGGUAAAUCGUCUUUGGGUCUAUUGGAAGUCAUUGUUAUUCCUGGACCAAAUAUCAAGGCACCAGCAUUUACGAAGGAGUCAUAUGAAAUUUCUGUUGAUGAGGCAUCUCCGGUCAAUUCUGUUGUUUAUAAUUUUCAGGCCAAAGAUCAGGAAAAUGAUCGUAUUGUGUACUCCAUAGUGGCAGGCAAUGAACUAGGACAUUUCAAAAUGGAAAAGUCCAAUGGAAGUCUCCUCCUUGCUGAAACAAUAGAUCGAGAACAACUUAGUCGUUAUGCUCUUACUAUCAAAGCUGAGGAUUCUGGGGGAUUGUCCAAUGUGGCCCAGGUUAUGAUUCGGGUACUUGAUACCAACGAUAGGAGUCCGGAGUUUGUGGAUCUACCAUACAUUUUCCGCGUCAAGGAAAAUGACCUCACCGGCUAUAUUGGCCGAGUCCAUGCGAAGGAUGCUGACAUUGAAAAGAAUGGCCAAAUUUCGUAUUCACUACCUUCCGAUCCUAACUUUGUUAUAAAUAGUCAAACUGGCGAAUUAAAGUCUAAGUCACCGCUAGACUACGAAACGGAACGAGUUCAUUUAGUGGUUAUAGCAGCUCAAGAUAACGGACCGCAGCCACGAGUAACGACUGCAACAGCCACGGUUGUCGUGUUAGAUUUCCCUGACGAGAAACCGAAAUUCUCCCAGCAGAAAUACGAAGCCGAUGUACCGGAGAACAUUAUAGAUUUCUUUGUCACCCAAGUUCAGGCCACCGACAUGGACACCGAAUCGUCCGUGACAUACACCAUUCGUCAGGGGGACGUCGACAAAUUUAGAAUUGAUCCUCAGUCAGGAAUUGUUCGCACGAGGCGGGCGCUUGAUUACGAGCGCCAGGCGCAGUAUGUCCUUAUAAUCGGAACUAUCGAGAAUACGGACAUAAACGACCCGCAUGCGACAACCACCCUCUUCGUCAACGUCCAGGACCGGAAUGAUGUGGCACCUGUCUACAGUUCUUUGCCGCGACCAGUACGACUCAGGAGUACGGUCCCUGUUGGCCAAGUCGUCACUACUGUUAUAGCUGUUGAUGCUGAUGGAACGAAUCCAAAUAAUCAAGUGAGAUACGAAUUAGUGAACAAUUCAAACAAAGUUGGACAAUUCUUCCGUAUCAAUGCCGAGUCCGGUGUUAUCUCAACCCGAGACAAUCUACGGAAAGACAGUGAACGGGAAUACAAGUUGAGGGUUAGAGCGUAUGACCUUGGCAAACCUACUUCGCUGAGUACCCUAGCUACCGUCACUGUAUUUGUUGAUCAUGUCGCUCCGCUCAUUGCACCAGACGUGACGCAUAUGUCGUUUUCGGAAAUGACUUAUUCGGUGUCCGUCGCAGAAGAUGCACAUGCGAAUACGCUUAUCAAAUAUUUAUCCGUCGCCAACAGAACAAAUGAUUUGUUGUCUGUUUCAUGCGAGAUUAUUAGCGGAAAUUCCGACGAUACGUUCUACACGAAAGAAUCAGUAGAUCGCAAUUGUGAGCUGCGGCUUAAACGAACUCUUGAUUUUGAAGCUAUCCAACGCUACGAAAUUGAAAUUCAAUUAAAAACUACAGCCGUCAUGAUAAAUCAAGACAGAUCGACAGUCAGGGUGGAUGUUACGGUGCUGGAUGUGAAUGAUAAUUCCCCCAAAUUCUUGUCCAAGUACCCGGAAAAUCGCUUUACUAAUGGAAAGUUCUACGCAGCGAUCUCGGCUGAUGCGCCUAUCUCUUCGGUUUUGAUUCUUGUGGCUGCUGAAGACGCUGACAGUGGCCCACUUGGCCAGCUCACUUACGAAAUCAUGGAAGAGACCAACGGCGGCAAAUUAUUCAGCAUUGAUAAAUCGACUGGAGCUAUUCAUACGGAAAAAAUGAUGAACGCGAUUCGACAACUGCCUAUGCGGCUUAUUGUCACUGCAAGAGAUAAUCCUGGCCAACCGAUCGGCUAUCGAGAGACUAAUUGCCAAGUGGUCGUGAACAUUAUAGAAACACAACACCGAUUAGUUCUUGUUUUGCCCAAUUCCCCGCCCGAUCAAGUCCAUCGCUCUCAGUCGUCUAUCGUGGAUAUCCUGCAGGAAGAAACCAAGAUGAUUGUUCGUGUCGAGAAGCUUCAGGCGCUCUCUAGUGUGUCAUCUAACGGCUCAGUAGUCGUUGACGCAACUGGCUCAGAACUUUGGUUCUAUUGUAUUGAUCCUAGCACGGAAACGAUUGUGGUUACAAAUCACAGUCAAAUCAACAGCACUGUAUUGGACACUGGAUCUACGAAUCACCUGGCCUACCUCAUGGCAACGAAACUCAAAUUAGAUGUAUCUGAAAUCCGCCAGCCGCUGGAUAAUCGUUGGGCUUCUAAGCCAUAUGAUACUGAUACUCCAGCCAGCCGCCUUUGGAACGGCUUUCCUGCAGCCCUUGUGGUUGUGGGAGUCUUGGUCUUCUUGCUCGCCUUAGGUGGCAUCGUUUAUAUCUGUGCCUCAUGGGACAGUAGGUUGCAAAGCAAGGCCGACAAACGUGUGCAGCCGUAUGUGGUAUUUCCGCCUUAUAACCCUGUUGUUAUCGACCCCAAUCCAAAAGAAUAUGAAACCCAGAUACUGCAGCUCAGUGUCAAUAAUAGUACUGACGAUUCGGAAUCAAGUGGUGAACAAAAGUUGGAAUAUAACCAACGAAGGCAUCGCGCGUUUCCUCUCUCCGUGCCUGCCUACGUUCCAGGUCGUCAUCUCAAUGGUGCAUUGAAUUCAACCAACUCUGAUAUUGCGACGUUACGCUUUUCCAGUCUAGCUGGCAUGGGGCAUUGUGAAUUUGCUCCCCAUCAGUUUUUCCCCGAACAAGAAGAAGAGGACUUAUCGUCUAUGAUCAUCUAUGAUGAUCCACCCAUUCCUACAACUAAUCCGCUUUAUGAAGGGUCUGAUGAAGAUCCGCUGAAUUACACAAGCGCGACCAAUGCCAACGUGACCUUCAGGAGUAAACUUUCGCGCUUUGGCAUUCCUGAGGUAUCUACAGAGCUCUGAAGUCAAUUGAAUUUGAAAUAAUGAGUCGAACAUGAUAGAGAUUGUUUUUGUAUUUGCUUUUGUAUGUUGAAUCACCAUAUUUUGCUCUGCCGUUGAUUGUUAUCGCUCUGAGGAUGUCUUCGAACGAAUAGUGAUUUAUUUCCCUUUUUUUGCCAAACUUCCAAAUUGUGAAUAAUAAAAUAACUGUUGAUUUAUUACAAA